GACGUUUUUAUAAGUCGUUUUUAUGCGCACGGGUUCAGUUGUCAUAAAGUGUUUUUAUCAAUCUCUUUAACAUCACCAAAUGAUGACCGCAACUAUUUUCAAGAGGAUUUAAUUAGCAGUUUGGUUGUGCAUACAAAACUAGAAAAGUACAGAUAAACCUUAGCACUAGCAAUCUGUGCCAUUUUUCAUAAGGCGUCUCCACUCGCAUUGAGUUUGUAUUGUAAAUGUUAAGGUGCGUGCAACGCCCUUCAAUGUAAAAAGCAAUACAAGUGGAGAUGAUACACGGGAUUUAUCUGUACUUUCACGUACAACAUUUUAAAUGAAGUUGAUCAAUCACGUCAUGGAAACAGGAACGUUUUCAAUUUGAUAUUGAUUGAUCGAAGUGCUUUAUUGGUGUGAGUUUUGAUGUUCAUUCGAAAAGCAUUUCUCUCGAUUCUUUGUUGAUAUAUCAUUUUAUAAUAACACAUAAUUUUAUUUAAUUGUUCUAUUUUCUCUAGGAAAAUCAUCAACUUCUCAACCAUGCACACUUUUCACUUUUACCAACACUUUUUGAUCGUGUUAACACAAAGUAUGCCAAAUAUUUGGGAGUCUUUGCGCAAUAUUUUUGAAAUUGCCAUGAAAUUGGGACUGUUGAACGUGAAUGCUUUGAUUGAAGAGAAAAUCUCCAACAUUUUAGCCAUUUUUCAAAUAACUACAGUUUUAUAUUCGAUGGCUUUCAUUGUGUUUGUAAUGGAAGUUUUUGUGUGUACUAAUAGAUACAUCAGGAAAGUGUUGGACGAUUUGACUUAUUAGCUUAUGGUUUAUCGUUGACUCAAUUUUCAAUAGAAACGAAUAUUCACUAGCCGAAACAGUUAGAAUAAAUGAAAUAGUUAUUUGUCCCUUCAUAAUAACACGUCCAGAGAAUGUGUCAUCAAAUAUAAAAGCAUUACAAUCGAUUGACGUUUUAUUACUAAUAAUCAAAAUAAUCAUCAGCUAAGUGCAAGCGACUUGAAUGCUUUUUCUUUACUUGAAAAUCGUUAGUACUGGCCCCAAAGCCGAUUGGGAAACUGAAGUUUUGCUCUCUAAGACACUUUCAGUGAGUGUUUUAUUCAUUUAUUUUUCAAUAUGAAAUACAUAUUACUGUUUUACCUUGAUGUUUUGAUCGUCAGGUGUAAUGUUUUGUUCAAUGAGAAAAAUAGAAAUGGCGCAAAUAUUCCGACUGAAAUUAUCAGCAACUACUUACAUAAGUAUCUUCAUUGUGAAGAAAAAUUCCUAUCAAUUUCUUCAUCGUCGGACGAUGAUGAUGAUCAAAAAUAUUUCCAACAAGAUAUUAUGACCAAUUUAAUUGUUCAUUCUAAACUUGGAAAUUUCACGUACAACAUUUUGAAAAAAAUUGACCAAAGUCGAGCAGGAAAUAAGAAUAUCUUUAAUUUAAUUUUUGUUGAUACAAGUGCAUCGAUUAGGUGAGUGUAAAAUUCAUCAUGUUUCCGUACCCAAAGUGAGUGAAACAAAUGUUUUUUCCCCUUUUCGUUUAGAAAAAUAUUGAACCGAUCAACUGUGCAGACAUUCCAUUUAUUUCAACAUUUUCUAAUCAUUCUUACGCAAAGUGUGGAAAAUAUUUCGGAUUCUUUGCAAGAAUCUUUCGCGAUUUUAAUGACACUGGGUUUGAUGGACGUGAAUAUUUUAAUAAACGACAAAAUUUCAACUCUGUGGUCUCUUCAUUUCUACAAACCAUACAUAAGGAAUUGCAAUUCGUUCGAAAUAUUCAACAUAAACACAUUUUCUCCACAAAAUUACACAAAUGAUUUAGAUAUUCCAUUUAAUGAAUUAUUUCCUAGAAAACAGUUUACAUUUUCCAAAUGCCCGCUCAACAUUUCCACGUUUUCGUUUGAACCGUUUGUGAUUAUUCGUGAUGGAUCGAAUGGAUCCACUUUAUACGACGGAGUAGAUGUUAUAAUCGUCAGUGAAAUUUCAAAGACGCUUAGCUUACAGCCAACUUUCAUACAGAGAACUCGAGGAAUGGUCUAUAAAAAUGGCUCAUCAACCGGUGCAUUAAAAAUGGUCAUCGAUGGUGAUGUAAACAUGACCAUUGGAAUUUAUACUCCAUCUUUGGAGAGAUUAACAGUGAUGGCAAGCACACAUUCAUACAUGCAGACAGCUUUUGUUUUUGCAUUUGUUCGAGGUAGCAAAACCUCACUGUCGAGAUUACUGGAGCCGUUUCAGAAUAGCGUAUGGAUUUCUAUUGCUGCACUUCUGGCGAUUUCAAUUACGAUUAUUUUAUUGACGAAAAAGUUGUCAAGACGAUGGCGACAUUUCAUAAUCGGUGGUCGAAUAAAUCGAACGCCAAUUUUAAAUUUAAUAAAUGUUUUGAUUGGCAACGUUAUUUCAAAUCCACGAAUGAUAAAGAGUCGAUAUUUUAGUGUUUUUUCCCGAUCUUUGACAAUACUCUGGAUAUUCUUUUGGCUCAUUAUCCGGAAUUCAUAUCAAGGCUCACUUUAUGAGGCUUUGCAAAGCCAACGUGUGAAGUCUCCGUAUGAUACAGUCGAAAAAGUACGGUCGUCAAAAGCUGAAAUUCACAUAAUAAGCACUGCAAUCGCACUUAUUCCUGACGGUUUUAACAACUCAAAAAGACUUGUGGAACAUGAUUACGAUGCAAUCACCGCCCUACGUAAGUUAUCGAAUGGCGAUUGGAAAGGUCUAGUUUUCACAAAUGAUGUCACCAUUAACUAUUUCAAUUUGAAAAAUAAAUUCAAGCGCCGUGUAAGCAACACUCGUGACAUAGUUCGACCAAUCACUCCCGUGUUCUAUUUCAACAAAAACUCAAUUCUCACGGAGAUGUUCAAUCGAAAAAUUGAAAAUUGCAGAGAAUCCGGUCUAAUAUCUCACUGGACAGCACCAUACAAACAUAAACGCAAAAGAGAUAAGCAUAAAAAACCAACAACUUUAGACGUUCCGCAUAUUUUGGCCAUAAUUCAAAUAUCUGCGUUUUUGUAUUUAAUUGCGUUCAUUAUAUUUGUAGUCGAAAUGAUCAGUUAUAAACACGAACGUAUGAGAAGGUGUUUGGAAUUUUUCACUUAUUAGAAUUAACGCAUUUAUAUUGAUAGAGUUUCGUGGAAAUUAAUUUGUAAAAUCAAUACGGCCGCACAUUACAUGACACAUUGUGUGUCCUUUCUUUCUAUAACUUAUAAUCAAAAUCAUUCAAACCGUAGCUAA